GAUCCGAUGGCACAAUCAAAGGAUUUCAACAUUGUCACAGAUCGAGCGCCCACACCAAAUUUUAGUGUCACGUACAUCGAAACGUCAUCACUUGGUGAAACUGCAAUAUCUGGCCUGGGAGACAGUGAAGGAGAAUGCGCGCCAGCAGAACCACUCGAUUGCGGAAAGGAAAGUGCAAACACUACAACAGUUGAGGCAAUGGAAGUAGACGAUUCUGCUUAUCUUCGUGAAAUUAUGAACGAACGAUGCAUGCAGUUGGAAGGUACUGGUGUGACUUCAGAGCAGGCAGCUCCUUGUGCUGAUACUGCUAUGAAUUUGAUAUAUGCAAUCAGUGGGAACUAUGGUGAUAAGGAGUCACAUGUCACCACUGCUACGGAUUUAGCCAAAAAAGGAUCGGUAUUUCUCGGCCAGGAUGGGAUGUCUGCUGUAGAGAAUGCAGUAGAUGCUGAGCGUAUAAGAAUCCAGCCUUCAUUCCCUGCAACUCUGCAAGAGACGCACGUCAACAGUGGCUAUCAAAAUCAACAAGCUAAUCGCAGUAUUAUUCUUCCUGAGCAGCAACAGCAGCAGCAGCAACAACAACAACAACAACAACAACAACAACAGCAACAGCUUGCAGUAGCAAGUCCACGUACUUCGCGUAUUCCCCGAAGUAAAUUGCUGCAGCAGUUGGGGUUCUUUCAUGGAGCUCAAUCUCCUCCGAAGUAUACAAUUAAUCGGACUGCCGUCUCUUUUAAAACUCCAAAACGAAGUGUAGUAGCUGCAGUGGAGCAUGCAAAUGUGGAAGAUCGCACGCCAUCAUCACCGAUCGGUGCACUCAGAGCAAUUUCACAGUACAGUUCUCCUUCCUCAUCAGUAAACCAAAGCACUGUACACGAUAGAGAUUUAACGACAAUAUCAACACGUUCGCGGGAUAGCGCAGAACGGAGUACUGAAAACACUCCAGACAUUUCACUGCUGCCUCUGAAUGCUUCUUGCACUUCUGUGACGCCAUGCAACAUUUCGUGCACUCCUAAAUCGCCCCAUAGCGCUUCACAGACUCAGAAAACACCUCGAAAUGCCUCAACCAGUUCGAAAACACCUCGCAUUAUUUCAAACACUCCGAAAACUCCUCAAAAUGUCUCAGCCAAUUCUGAGGCGUCUUUCAGUACUCCAUGCGCUCCGAAAACACCUCGAAUUGCCUCAGGUAAUACAAAAACACCUAUCAGUGCGUCACGCACGUUGGAGACGCUUUGCAGUUCCUCAAGUACUUCGAUGGCGUCUCGAAAUACUUCGAAUGUUCCUGUGACUCCUCGAAAUGCUUCAUGUACUCCGAAGAUACCUCGAAAUGCCUCAAGCACUUUGAACACACCUCAGAAUGCUACAGCCACUCAGCAAUCGCCGACGCAUCAUACGUUUGAAAUGGUGAAAAGAGGCAAUAAGCAAGCGAAAAAUGACACCAGACUGAAUGUGGCUCCCGCUGGGCCCAUAACGCGCUAUGCUUUCGAUCAUCUGAAGAGCGGCGGAACACCGCGUCCAACUUCGAAAACCAGAAAAAUUUUGACUGAAAGGAUUGCUGAACAUAGUGACGUACUGUCAGAGCCGAGAACGCCGCCUUUCGCCAGAAUUGACGUGACCCAAAUGUUGGUUGAUAACGCGACCAGAAGUGGUCCGGCAUAUCGUCGUCGUCCGAUUCGGCGUGGGCACUUGUUGGCGCCAAUUGGCAAUCUCCGAUUUGAUAACGGCUCUGAAUCGAAUACGGCUUCAUUUGUGGGAAGCCAGAGCGGCGUUUCAGCGACGGAGAAUGUGCCCGAAAGUGUGAUACAUUCGGAACAAGCUUCAGAUAAGCUGGACGAUUUGACUGUUGCGGUGGAGGGACUAACAGUAGAGGAAUCAACGACAGAGGUGCGGCAUGGCUUGAAAUCGAGAAUCAGUGAGCAAUGCAGACAUAAUAAGACAUUCUUUUCCGAUGCAACCAAUUUUGAGCGGCAGCAGACUUUAACAGGUAAAGCAAAGUUCGCAAUUCGAUGCCGUUAA